AAUGGAAUUGGCAAAUUAAAGAUCAACUUUAGAAAUGAAAUAUAUUAAGUUAUUGAAGGAAACAGAAGAAAGAGAAAAAUUAGUAAAGGAAAGUAAAUGAUCUAAUGUUAAAUUAAUAAGGUAGAGUAUAAACAAGGAAAAAAAAGGAAGAGCUUGAGAGAUUUGAAGAUAACAUUAAGAGUUUGAAUAUAAGGGGUUAAUCAGUAGGAGAAAUCUUAAUGAAGAUAAAUGAUGAAAAAUGUAUAUAGAAAAAUAAUCUUUUUAUCAUAGAUAUUGCAAAAUUGAAUAGUGGAUAAAGAUAUGUAGUUGGUGCUAAACCUAACCUAGAUAGGACAAAAUUAGUAAUAGGAACUAGAAUUGCACUUGAUUAAGAUACAUAUACUAUUUGUAGAAUAAUGCCUAGAGAAGUUGAUCCUUAGGUAUUUCAUAUGGCACAUGAAGAUCCAGGAAAGGUGUUAUUUGAUGAGAUUGGAGGAUUAAAUGAUUAGUUAAGAAUCUUAAGAGAAGUGAUAUUUCUUAUUUUAAUAGGAUUAUAGACAAUUGAAUUACCUAUCACUAAUCCAGAACUAUUUAAAAGAGUUGGAGUGAAACCUCCAAAAGGUUGUUUAAUGUAUGGACCUCCUGGGACAGGGAAAACUUUGAUUGCAAGGUAUAAUAUAAUUUGAGAUUAUUGAUAGAGCAUUGGCUUGUAAUGUUUAGGCGAAGUUCUUAAAAAUAGUAGCAUCUAGUAUAGUUGAUAAGUACAUUGGAGAAAGUGCUAGAGUUAUAAGAGAAAUGUUUACUUAUGCUAAAGAAAAUUAACCUUGUAUAAUAUUCAUGGAUGAAAUUGAUGCAAUUGGAGGAAGAAGAUUUAGUGAUGGAACUUCAGCAGAUAGAGAAAUUUAAAGAACUCUUAUGGAAUUAUUAAAUCAAUUAGAUGGUUUUGAUGAUUUGGGAAAAGUUAAAGUAGUAAUGGCAACUAAUAGACCAGAUAUUUUGGAUCCAGCUUUGUUAAGACCAGGAAGAUUGGAUAGAAGUAUUAAUUUAAAUAUUUAAUAUAUUAGAGGUUGAAAUACCAUUACCUAAUGAAUAAGCUAGAUAUGAUAUAUUAAAAAUUCAUUCAAGAAAGAUUACAACUAAAGGAGAAGUAGAUUUUGAGUAGUUAUCAAAAUUAUGUGAAGAAUUUAAUGGAGCUGAUCUAAGAAAUGUAUGUACUGAAGCUGGUAUACUAAUUAUAAAUUAUAUUUAGGUAUGUUUGCUAUUAGAGGAGAUAGAGAUUAUGUAAUUGAGGAAGAUUAUUUCAAAGCAGGUAGGAAGAUUAAAGAAGCCAAAAAAUUAGAAUCAAAACUAGAAUAUCAAAAAGUUUGA